UUAAACGUCAGUUCGUGUUUCUUGUUUUCGUUUGUCCGUCGUCGAAGGCGGAUCGGUUUCGUUUGGUUUCGAAAAAUAGCGUUGGCUUCUGGCACCGUUUCCGCACCGAUUACCCGUGUGUUCCUCCGUUUCCAGAACGGCUUCGUGUCCUCCGUGCCCGGUUUCGUCAUAUUGUGCGGCUCGUUUAUUGUGAUAAUUAUCCCUCACCCAAAAUGGAUCCCAACAAUGCUAGUCUGAGCUGCGUGGCGAACAUCGUGUGGACCAACAGCCUCGGAACAACGAUCAAGAAGGUCGCCUACAAACAGGCCACGCUCCGGCUGGUUCGGAACACGCUGAAGGAAAUGUUUCUGGAGGUGUCCGGAGAGAAGGUGAACCCCAUCAAAAUGAAACUGAAAGGAAUCAAGGUCCACUCCAAGUUUAUGGCCGAAGGAAAGGCUUCCAUCCAAUUCACCGACGAAAAAUGUUCCUGCUUCCUGUCCAACGCCCCACCGGGUUUGCUGGUUCAAUUUUUGAAAGUAAUUUUCAUCAAGAUCACUUCCGACCAAACAUCGAACGGAGAAUCGAAAGAGGACAUGCUCAAGAAAACCCGCGCCCAUUUGCUGUCCGGGAAGGCGAAUCAGUUCGACGACAUCAGUCCGGUCACGAACGCCGAGCUGGCUCGUGCGAAAAAGAUGGCCUCUGGGAAUGGAUCCGUAACUACACCGUCGCCACCGCAGAAGCGAAAAAGAUUAUCCGGCGAGGAACAAAGGCCAGCCCCAAAGAAGCUGUACGUUCCGUCUCCUUUGACCGUAGCCUCCAUGGAGCCGGAGACCUUGAACGCAGAGCAGAAGAUGAUUCUGGAUGCAUGCGUAAGAGGGCGCAGUGUGUUCUUCACCGGUUCGGCCGGGACGGGUAAAAGUUUCUUGCUGCGAAAGAUCAUCUCGACGCUUCCCCCGGACGGAACGGUUGCCACCGCUUCGACUGGAGUGGCUGCUUGUCUGAUAGGUGGCACUACGCUGCAUUCGUUUGCCGGGAUAGGCAGCGGUGAGGCUUCACUCAGUCGAUGCUACGAAAUGGCCACCAGGGCCAAUAGCGGCCAGAUUUGGCGACGCUGCAAGAGAUUGAUCAUCGACGAAAUUUCCAUGGUGGACGGAAGCUAUUUCGAGAAAAUUGAAGCCGUCGCCCGAUACGUGCGAAAAUGCGAUAAACCCUUCGGAGGUAUACAGCUAAUCCUUUGUGGCGAUUUUUUCCAACUGCCACCGGUGGUGAAGCAGGACUCCUUCUCGCGGAAUGCUCUGACCCAGGACGAUAAUUCCGUGAUGCGAUUUUCGUUCGAAACCAAGACCUGGCAGGAGUGUGUGCAGCAAUCGUUCGAACUAACGGUUGUCCACCGUCAGAAGGAUUCAAACUUUGUUAGCAUCCUCAACAGUAUUCGAAUCGGUCGGGUGACCCCGCAGAUACGAGACACCCUGACCGCAACCUCAAAGCAGCGCAUAGAAAUGGAAGGAAUCCUCGCGACGCAACUCUGCUCCCACACCAAUGAUGCCGAUCUGAUCAAUCAAUCGAAACUGAACAAUCUCUCGGGAGAGGAGAAGACUUAUCAUGCAAUCGACAGUGAUGCCUACAUGACAAAGCAACUGGACCAGCAGGUUCAAGCGCCUGGGAAGCUCGUACUGAAACUAGGCGCUCAGGUGAUGCUGCUGAAGAAUCUCAACAUUGCCGAAGGGCUGGUGAAUGGUGCCCGCGGCGUAGUCACCAACUUUGUCCAGGGUUAUCCCUUGGUCAAGUUUAAGAAGCGCGAUUUGCUGGUCAAACCGGAGAAGUGGUCCAUCAAAACUGCCGGCGCCGUCAUCGUUACUCGUUCGCAGUUGCCACUCAAACUAGCCUGGGCCUUCUCCAUACACAAGUCUCAAGGACUAACCCUGGAUUGCGUCGAGAUGUCGCUGUCCAAAGUGUUCGAAGCGGGUCAAGCUUACGUGGCGUUGAGUCGAGCCCAGAGCCUGGACAGCCUCCGAGUGUUGGAUUUUGACGGCAAACAGGUAUGGGCCAAUCCAAAGGUUCUCGAAUACUAUCGCGAUUUACGGCGGCAGAUACGUGACCGGGAGUACAUCACUCCGAUGGCUGUGAAGAAGAAGGAUGGUGGUCUGAAGAAAUCUCUCUCUGCCAUGGGCUUGACUAAGUCGCUGAUGAGCAAACCGUUGGUGACAAUCAACUAGAUUAAUUUUUAUACUAUUGACUUUAGGUAGUUUGCUUUUCUCAUUCAUUCAUAUUUAUGAACUUUGUACACGUUAAGGCAAUAUCAUUCCGCACAGCGAUCGAAUGGACUCCCAAUGCAUACUAGACAAAUUUGUACUUAGUAUUACGAAGUAGCUGAAAUGAUAGUGCUUUAUGCCUAAUUUAAGAUAACAAGUAUUAGUAAGAGAAAUAUAUACAACGACCAACAAACAUA